AAUAUUAAAAACCUAUGCUAAUAUUAGAUAAUUUUAUAAAUAUUAACAUAAAUAAGUAUUAUUGCAGUUUUGAAUAAAUUAGAAUAUAUUUAAUAGAUAAUGACAUAUUUUAAAAACUACAGUAUUUAGAAAAAUUAUUACAGUUGGCUAUACAACAAAUAGCUAAUAACUACAAUAUUGGCCACAAUGUCUACUCCACGGAAUAUAACUAUAUUAUUACUGGGUGAGACUGGUGUAGGAAAGUCUACUUUUAUCAACGCAUUCAUCAAUUACUUGACUUACGAGACCCUGGAUGAGGCCAGUCGUAGUCCCAGAUGUCUAAUACCCGUCUCAUUUACGAUCGCCGAUCAGCGCACAUAUAAGUCUCAAACGGUUAGGUUAGGUACGGUCGACAUCAAUGAAAACACGCAAAAUACCACACAAUCGGCCACACAAUAUCCCCGGUGUUAUCAAUUCACUAACGAUUCAAUUAUCUUGAAUUUCAUUGAUACCCCGGGUAUUGCUGACACGAGUGGCAUCGAUAAGGAUAAGAGAAAUAUGAAAAAUCUGUUGGACUUUAUAAGCAAUUAUCGCGAGAUUAACGCCAUUUGUGUGCUUUUGAAGCCUAACAACGCUAAAGUUGACAUUGUUUUCAAUAAUUUAAACAAAUCAGCGGCCGAUAACAUACUGUUCCUGUUUACCAAUGCUCGGUCCACUCACUAUGCACCGGGAGAGUCGGGACCAGCAUUAAUGGCAUUGUUAGAUGUUAUUAAGCAAAGGCCCCCGAAUGUAGACAUAGAGUACAGCCGGGAAACUAUCUAUUGCUUCGAUAACGAGGCCUUCCGUUACGCCGUGGCUACCGGACCCCCAAAUAAUAUGGUUUUUGGUGAUGACUUUCAACGCGAUUAUGAAAAUAGUUGGAAA